AUGGCGUCAAGAUCAUUCCUCUCCAUGGACGACCUCAACAAGGCUGCCCUGGAGCAGUUCGUCUACCAGCCCGUCAGCCGGGAUAUGAUCUCGUACCUGGCCAAUGCUGCUCACAACGUCAUUGCCUGCGACUCGACCCUGAUGCCGCCGCCACCCAGGGAAUCAUCAUCAAAGGGCCAGGACCGGCCUCUCACUCCACCACGCACCCCCGAGCCCCGAGCCGUCUGCAGCACCGACGAUGCGCUGCCCACGCUGGACGAGUUCAUCACCCAGCUGGUCGUCUCCUCCAAUGUCCAGGUGCCCACCCUCAUGUCGACUCUGGUCUACCUCAACCGCCUCAAGUCCAAGCUGCAGCCCAUGGCCCGCGGCCUGCGAUGCACCACCCACCGCAUCUUCCUGGCGGCCCUGAUCCUGUCGGCCAAGUACCUCAACGACAGCUCGCCCAAGAACAAGCACUGGGCCAACUACACCCACAUGAACACCGACUACUACAGCUUUGGCUUCACCCGCACCGAGGUCAACCUGAUGGAGAAGCAGCUUCUCUUCCUGCUCGAGUGGGAGCUGAGAAUCACCGAGCACGACCUGUACCGCGAGCUGGACUCCUUCCUCGAGCCCCUGCGCAUCAAAAUCGCCGAGAGGCACGCCCGCAAGAUGCGUCACCGCGAGGAGAAGAAGCGACAGCAGGAAUUGUAUGCCGCCGCGGCCCGCUACCCCAGCCCGGUCUCGUCCCGGAGCUCCCGAUCUCGCCACGCCAGCCCCGACCACUACCGCGCCAACAGCAACGGCUCAGUCACCCCUCCGGGCCUGGUCUACAGCUCUGCCAGCUCGUAUGCCUCGUCUAUCGCCUCGAGCAGACAGCAGUCCCCGUCGCCGUACCUGUAUGGCACUAGCCAGGGUAGCCUGUACGACUCGCCCGUCCAGAUCGUCAUGGACAGGGAGGAGCCCAAGAUGCAGGCCAGCGCGCGGAUGCUCUCCUACGACAUCUCCUCGGUGGACUCCUACGAGCCUCUCAACGAGGUCACGACCAAGAAGCGACACAGGCGCGCAUUGUGGGAGCGCCUCAUCGGCACCGCCGCCGUCGCCGUCCGAUAA